AUGUCGGACAUAAUUACUGUUGUGGCUCCAGUGAAUAUUGCUGUUAUUAAGUACUGGGGCAAACGUGAUGCAAAACUUAAUAUACCGUUAAAUGAUUCCGUUAGUGGCACUUUGGAUGCUAAAGUUAUGUGCGCUAAAACUUCUGUUUGUGUUCGACCCGAUUUUGAAGAAGAUAGAUUGUGGUUGAACGGUGAAAAUGUUUCUAUUUAUAAGGAAAACUUCCAAAAGUGUUUAAAUAAAAUAAGAAUUCUCGCAAAAGAACAAAAGAGUCGCGAUGAAAAGUUUUUAACAUGGAAAGUUCAUAUUUGUUCAGAGAAUAAUUUUCCAACUGCAGCUGGUCUAGCAUCUUCGGCCGCAGGAUUUGCAUGCUUGGUAACUGCAUUAUCUAAACUUUAUGGGGUCCAAACGGAUGUUAGUGCCCUAGCGCGCUUAGGCUCGGGUAGUGCUUGUAGAAGUGUAUAUGGUGGUUUUGUUCGAUGGCAUGCUGGUAGCAAUCCAGAUGGCAGUGACUCUAUCGCGAAACAAGUUGUGGACUCGUCAUACUGGCCGGAAAUGAAAGUAUUAAUCUUAGUGGUUGCAGACAAUAAAAAGAGUACAAGUUCUACCAAGGGCAUGAUAAUUACUGCUAAAACAUCUGAAUUGAUAGAUCACCGUUGUAGAGUGACUGUUCCAUCGAGAGUAGAAAAAAUGUGUGAAGCAAUAAAAAGGAAAGAUUUCCCAACAUUUGCAGAAUUGACUAUGAAAGACAGUAAUGAGUUCCAUGCAGUUUGUCUUUCGUCAUAUCCUCCAUGUGUGUAUCUAACUGAUGUAUCCAAUAAAAUUAUAGAGAUUAUUCAUCGAUAUAAUGAAAUGAGAGGUUCACCUAAAGUCGCUUAUACUUUUGAUGCUGGGCCAAAUGCUUGUUUAUAUCUACUUGAAGAAGAAGUACCUAAGGUGAUUUCAUUAAUAAAAUAUUUCUUCCCAUCAUCUAGCGAGACCUUCAUUAAAGGAUUACCGUGUCCCGAUUUAAAGGAAGAAUUUACAAAUGAGUUGCAAAUAUCACCAAUGGGAAAAGAUCUUAUAAAAUAUGUUAUUUAUACUCAGGUGGGCGAUGGUCCUUUCGAGUUAAAUGAUAAAAAUCAUCUUCUAAAUGAGAAUGGUUAUCCUAAAACACUUGUAUAA